AUGUCUUUGAAAAAAAGUUCAAAUCAAUCUUCAGGUCCUAAAUUCGUAAAAGAUAAUAGUUAUAAAUCUAGAUCAGAACACAAUCAAUCAUUUGAUGGUUCAUAUUGCAAUAAUUAUACAACAAUAAUGAGUAACAAGAGCAGAUAAAAAAGUUAUAGUUAGCAAAGCAACAUUUUAGAUGAGUUAGAAGAGGAGUAAUUUCCAAAUUAGAUUAAUGUUACAAUUCAAAAAAGAUAAUUUGAAUUAGCCUUAUAGAACGAACUUCAAAAAUUUUUAUCAAAAAUUAUUGCUGGAUAAUAAUUUUCGAUUGAAGACUGUUAGAUUAUCAUAAAAGCUAUAGAUGAAUGUAUUUCAGAAAGCAUUCAAACUUUAAAAUUGAAAGAGGCUGAAAUAAAAACCAUCAAAUAGAGUUAUGAAAUGAAAAUAAAUCAAUACGAAAAUACCAUAUUAGCACUAGAAAAUGAAAAUUUAGGAAUUAAAACAUAUGAUAACAUUAAAUCCUAACGAUUCUAUAAAUUUCAAAUUAUCAUAGUUAGAAUAAGAAAAUGA